AAGUGGAGCGCAUGCUUUUCCUCUAUUUAAGCGCGCCAACUAGGACCUCCACAACACAGGUCUCGAACAAACUGUCUCGUCCACGACUCGGCCGUGUCACGCUUCGAGCCCACGUUAAGAUGCCAGAAGAAACGUCCGUCUCGACAAGUUCUGCGAGCGUGGACGAGAAGCCGUGCUCGUCGUCAGCCGCUGCGAUGGACAGUUCUGUAGACGUCAUGGAGGAGGCGAAUAAGCUGAUCGGCACAGGGAACAGACAUUUAGUGAUGGGUGACAUUGUCUCUGCAGUCGCUGCCUUUCAGGAUGCAUGCGGCAUGUUAGCUGCCAGGUAUGGAGAUACUGCAGAUGAGUGUGCUGAGGCCCUUUUCCUGUGUGGGAAAUCCCUGUUGGAGCUUGCCAGGACUGAGAACACAGUCCUUGGAAAUGCCUUGGAGGGAGUCCCAGAAGAAUCUGAAGAUGAGGAGCAGCCUAGUAACUCCAAUAUUGAGAGUGCCAACAACCUUGAUGAAAACACUCGUGAUGAGCUCCGAAAACAGGUCUAUGACGCAAUGGCAGAGAAGCCUGAGGAAGUAGAAAUGAAGCUGGAAUUGGAGAAUGGGAAACACACAGCUGAGGUGAAAGAGGAAUAUGGCUGGGCAAAAUCGUCAACCGAUCAAGUUGGCAAUGAAACCGGAACGCUGUCCACUUCCGAAGUGACUGUGGUUGAGGAAGCUCAACUUAAUGGAGUUGAUGAGGAAAGCCCGUGUUUUGUGAACGGGACUACAGAAAGCCUCACAGAGUCUCCUGCAAAAGGAAAUGUUGAGACUGAAGGUAAUGUAGGACAGAAUGGUGAAAAGACUGAGGAAGACAACAGGGACUCCAAACCUGAGGAGGAAACAAUGGGGCAGAAUGGUGAAAAGACUGAGGAAGACGAUGGCGACUUCAAACCUGAGGAAGCAGUGGGGCAGAAUGGUGAGAAGACUGAGGAAGACGAUGGCGACUCUAAACAUGAGGAGGAAGCAAUGGGGCAAAAUAGUGAAAAGACUGAGGAUGGCGACUCCAAACCUGUGGAUGAAGCAAUGGGGCAGAAUGGUGAGAAGACUGAAGAAGACUAUGGCGACUCCAAACCUGUGGAUGAAGCAUUGGGCCAGAAUGGUGAGACGACUGAGGAAGACGACGGCAACUCCAAACCUGAGGACGAAGCAGAGGAUGAAGAUGAUGGUGAUGACGAGGGAGUAGAGAUAAAUGGUGAACAGGAAGAGGAUGAAGUUGGAAAUCUGCAAUUGGCUUGGGAAAUGCUGGAGCUGGCAAAGUUCAUCUACUUAAGAAAGGAAAGCAAAGAAGACCAGCUUAUGGCAGCCCAGGCCUUCUUAAAACUUGGAGAAGUCAGUACAGAAACAGGCAACUAUCCUCAGGCUCUCGAUGAUUUCCAGGAGUGUUUAGCGCUGCAGCUUAAGCACCUUCCUGCUCACAGCCGUUUGCUGGCUGAGACCCAUUACCAGGUUGCCACAACACUUUGUUUUAUGGUUAAAUUCAACCUGGCUAUCCAACACUACAGCAGCUCCAUAAAAGUGAUAGAGACCCGCCUGGCUAUGUUGCAGGAGAUCAUAAAUGCUGCAGAGGGUACAGAAAAUGCUGCAGAAGACAAGACCGAGAUGGAGGAACUGAAGCAGCUUCUGCCGGACAUCAAGGAGAAAAUAGAAGAUGCCAAAGAAAGCCAGAGGACCAUUAGCACAGCCUCCCAGGCCAUCCAGGAGACACUUGGUGGUGCUUCAACAUCAUCAGCAUCGUUCAGUGAAAACUCUGGCCAAUCUUCAGCCUUCGCCACUCCCGCCCAGAUCCAAUUAAAAUCAACUGACAGCGCAUCAUCCUCUAAAGUGGCCUCAGACAUCUCGCACCUCGUCAGAAAAAAGAGGAAACCAGAGGAGGUGAGCCCAGUAAAGGAUGCUGAUGCUAAACAGGCUAAACAGGAAGCCACAGUUAAUGGCAGUGGGGAUUCUAGUGGCAGCAACGGAGUUGAGGAGGAAAAGUCACAGGAGGUUGUCCAGUCUUCAGCGUGUCAUGCCUCAUCUUGAAAGCGCAGCAUGGAUACUUACCACUGUUUUGAUGUUUUUGUUGUAAAUAAGAUCCAUUUUCAUAGAUUUGUUUGUUCAAGUUUUGUAUACUUGGAGUAAAUAAAUUUGCAGAUGCAAA